UAUUGCGCGAUCGGACGAGAAAGAUCGAAAAGAUGAAAUUGCUGUUCGCUUUGUUGCCCUUCGUGGCUCUGGUAUCUGCCCAGUUUGGUGGCUUCGGUGGCGGACUUGGCAAUGUGGCCAACACUUUCAGGCAAGGCGUUUCCAACAUUGCCAGCCGUAUACCCUCUCCUCCCACGCUUAAUAAUGUGCAGAACUUUGGCGACUUUGUGGCACAAUCUGGAAAAACUUAUCUCUCGGCAGCGGAUCGUCAAUUGCGUGAGGGUCUCUUUGGUGCUCGCAAGAACUUGGUUGAUGCCGGAAACGCCGCCUUCAACAGUGGCUCCAGUGGCUUCCAAAUGGCUGUGAAUGCAUUCGCUGACUUGACAAAUGCCGAGUUCCUUAAGCAGCUUACUGGCUUAAAGCGGUCAUCAGCUGGCGAUCAGAGCGCUAACGAACAUCGUGCCCAACCCAAAUUGCAGACCAACGCCAAGCUGCCCGACUCCUUUGAUUGGCGUCAAAAGGGCGGAGUUACUCCAGUCAAGUUCCAAGGCGAAUGCGGUUCGUGCUGGUCUUUUGCCACCACUGGCGCCAUUGAGGGUCAUGUGUUCCGCAAGACAGGCAAAUUGCCCAAUCUGUCCGAACAGAAUCUGGUCGAUUGUGGCAAACUGGAACUGGGUCUUGAUGGCUGCGAUGGUGGCUUCCAGGAGUACGCCUUCAAUUUCAUUACACGCCAAAACGGUAUUUCCAGUGGCGACAAGUAUCCAUAUGUGGAUAAGAGGGAAAAUUGCAAAUUUUCGGCGGGUGCAACUGGUGCUAAGAUCACUGGAUUUGCCACGAUUCCACCAAAGGACGAGCAGGCCAUGAAGACAGUAAUUGCUACUCAGGGCCCAUUGGCUUGCUCUGUGUAUGGUAUUGAGAGUUUGUUGCUCUACAAGAGUGGAAUCUAUUCGGAUGAGGAGUGCAACACCGCUGAGGUGAAUCACUCCAUUCUGGUUGUUGGCUAUGGUACUGAGAAGGGUCAGGAUUACUGGAUUGUCAAGAACUCUUGGGAUAAGGCCUGGGGUGAGGAGGGUUACUUCCGUCUGCCACGUGGCAAGAACUUCUGCGGCAUUGCCUCCGAGUGCAGCUAUCCCAUUGUUUAAUAUCCCACAAAGCAACAAAAGUACAGUCGUUGUACAAUCUGAAUAUACCAAUAAAUAAACGAAUAUUAUAAGA